CGCUGCAGCAAAAUUUCGGCUGCUGUCACGUCAUUGGGUCCGGUCCAUGUCCGAGGAAAACGACCUAGGGACCCAAUCACUCACUCACUCACUCACACCACACCACAUCAAUUUUGAUCCGCGGACACCACUGCUACACUCUCACCCUUUUCUUUCACUUCUCACUCUCUUUUCACACGUCAAGGACCACAUACCUACUUCCCUUACCCAUCCGCCACCGGCCUUCCCAGUCGCCCGCCAUGUCCUCCCCCGCAGAGUGCCGCAUCCUCGUCUUCGCCUCCGGCAACGGCUCCAACUUCCAGGCGCUCGUCGACGCCCUGGCCGCCGGCAACAUCCCCAACGCGCGCAUCACCCGCCUGAUCGUGAACAGGGGCAAGGCGUACGCGACGACGCGCGCCGAGAAGGCCGGGAUCCCUUGGGAGUACUACAACCUGAUCUCGCACGGCUUCCAGGAGCGCGGUGAGACGGACCCGGAGAAGUUGCAGGAGGCGCGCAACAAGUACGAUGCUGCCCUGGCCGAGAAGGUGCUCGCGCUGGAUGAGAAGACGGAAAGGCCGCAUCUGAUUGUACUCGCCGGGUGGAUGUAUAUCUUUGGCAAGCACUUUUUGGCGCCCAUCGCGGAAAGGGGGAUCAAGGUCAUUAACUUGCAUCCGGCGCUUCCUGGCAAAUAUGACGGUACACACGCCAUUGACAGGGCGUACGCCGACUUCCAGGCUGGAAAGCUGGAGAACAACAAGACCGGCAUCAUGGUGCACUAUGUAAUCGAGGCCGUUGACCAGGGUGCGCCCGUCCUUGUGCGCGAGAUCGAGUGCCGUGAGGGUGAGAGCCUGGAGCAGCUAGAGGAGAGGAUACACUCCCAUGAGCAUUCUCUCAUUGUUGAAGCCACCGCCAAGAUUGCCGGCGAGAUCAUCGCCUCUCAGCAGGCGCAAAAAUGAUUUGGUGUCGGCAGCUUCAAUGAGGAUGUGGUAUGGCAAUGAUGAAAGACGACAAGGAAAUAGACACGAAAACACCGGCAUGACACGAGGACCUGGGCCAUGUUCAACAUCACAGGCUCAACCGCAUAGAUGUGCAAAUCGACAGGGCAAAUAAGGUUUCGAACGGAAAGGACUACGCGUUGGAUGGAUACUAAACAGACCAAGGGGUUUAUGCAUUUCAACACUAAAUAUACCUAGUACAGGGUACCGGGAGACCGGCGUGAUGACAUGAACUACGCUUCAAGGCUUCCCUGAAAGGUCAGAACGGAGACGGGCGUUCAAGAUGAAGGACACUUUUCCGCGGCGAUGUUCUGGAUCGUGGGCCAAAAAGCCAAAACAUCCAUGUCGCAAUCAAAAAACGAUGAGUCAGAAGAGGACAGGGAUGGUUGUUCGAGCUGGCCACAAAGCACAAAAAACAUACAACACCAGGGAUUCGCUGGUCGUCACCGACCCAACUACUAGUCUGGCCCUCACUGGCUUAUCUAUGGGAGAGCGGACGGGAUCCCGAGUUCUCCAGUGGGUAUGGUCGUAUGUGAUCGACAUGAACGAGGAAUAGGUUUAAGUAUGUGUAUUUGACAAAAGCAAGACGGCUGUUGUCUGCGAUCUCUUCAAUGUGGGUUCCGUGAAACACCCCUUUUUAGUGUAAACAAUCGAGGAUCCACAAACCGAUACGGCCACUGACAUAGUACUUCUAUGAUCCCAACCCAGGGAUGUUGACUGA